CAAUUAAUAAAAGACCAAACACCUAACUUUCACAUACUCGUUUCUCUCCCAAAACCAAAGCUCAAUCUCGCAACCCUUUCCUGCGAACUGAUCACCGAUCGACUCCACUCUAAAGACUCUUUUCCUCUGUCAUGCAAUAGAUCUUAUUUUCUUGUUCCAACAUUGAACAUUAUAAAGGAAAUCCAAAGCUAGAAAGGUCCUAUUAUAUAUUCUCUUAACAUGCAUCUCAUUUUAUUUGGUUUAUACAUCCGGCUUUUCUUGAAAUUAUGAAACGAUUUUAACAACUACUAACAAUUAUUUGCCCUUUUGCCUUGUUUUUGUGAUAUGAGCCAAUGCAGCGUUGAGUACCAGCUGGAUUCACAAGCUCUGCUUUUGUUUGUCUUUUUUUUUUUUUGGUUUUUCGAUCGGUAUUCGAGGUUUCAUCUCGAUUAAUCCGGAUCGAUCCGCGUCGCGCACUUAAAAAUAGUGAGUGAGCCUCCCAGCGAAGUGACACUUCGCACGGUUAAAACUCCGCAAUCUCUGCAGCUCUCCUCCAAACACGCAAAAAGCUCUCUCUCUCUCUCUCAUUUUUCCACACAAGAAGCUAAAGGCAAAGAAACCGGUGGGAUGGAAUCAAUCAAAGAAGAGCAAUCACUCAACUAAAAUCCAAGCAGAAUAUAAUCCUAUUAAGACCCGUCUCUGCAUUCUGCCUCUUCCACCAUCCAAACUCAUCACUCUUUUUUAUUUAUUAUCUUGUUCGAACUUGGAAGGCAUCUUCUCAGCUUGUAGCAUUGAGAUUAAGAAUAUUGCUUCUCCCAUUCCAAUCGAACUAUGGAAGUUGUAGGAGGCGCCUUUUUGUCAGCAGCGUUCGAGUUGUUGCUCUCGAAGUUGAGUUCUUCUGUAAGUGAAUGGCUGGAUUUACCAGAGAAAGUUGGUGUCGAGCUGCAAAAUUGGAGGAAUCUUUUGCCAAAGAUCGAUGCUUUACUUGAAGAUGCUGAAGAUAAGCAAGGAAGAGGCCCCUCGGUGAAGUUAUGGCUUGCUGAUCUCAAGGAUUUGUUUUAUGAUGUGGAGGACAUACUUGAAGAGGUCGACAUUGAUGCCAAGAGGUUUGAGCUGUUUGCAAAACCCCAAGCCAGCACCAGUAAGCCACAGAAACUGAUCCUUCCCAAAUGGUUGAAAAUGGUUGGAAGAUUAACGGCUAAAGGAGAACGAAAGAUGGCAUCCAGGGUGAAGGAUAUAACUGCUAGAUUCCAACGUAUUGAAGCAAACAUAAGUUCACUGAACCUGGUCAGAUCGGCUUUGAGAACUGGAGAUGAGUCCCACGGAGUUACUACAGAAAGAUUGCUCGCUACUUCUUUGCUUGAGCAACAUGUCUAUGGUCGAGAAAAUGAUAAAGAGGAUAUUCUUCAGAUUUUGCUCAAUGAUGAAGGCAACCAUGAGCCAUACUCUGUUAUUCCCAUUGUUGGAAUGGGAGGAAUCGGAAAGACCACUCUUGCUCAGCUCAUUUACAAUGAUGACAAAUUGAAGGGUAGGUUUGGAUGGCAAGCAUGGGUCUGUGUUUCUGAGCAUUUUGAUGUUUAUCGGAUUACAAGAGCCAUCUUAGAGCAAGUAACCACAGCAAAUUGUGAUAAAAAAGAGCUAACUCCACUUCAAGAAAUGCUGAAAGAUAAGCUCUCAGGCCAAAAGUUUUUACUUGUGCUAGAUGAUAUUUGGAAUGAAAACUAUGAAUUAUGGGAGAAAUUACAAAGGCCUUUCCUAGCAGGAGCACCAGGGAGUAAAAUAAUCAUCACAACUCGUAACGAAAAUAUUGGGAGGAAGAUAAGAGGAGAUGGCAGAGCUCAUAAUUUGUCGUUGCUAGAGGAUGAUGCUUGUUUGUCACUAUUUGCUCGACAUGCAUUGGGAGAUGAAAACUUUGAUGCAUAUCCAGAUCUCAAAAGAUUAGGGGAGAAAAUUGUUGAAAAAUGCAAAAGGUUGCCAUUGGCUAUAAAAACCCUUAGUGGCUUCUUGCGUGGUAAGGCAGAUCGUGCUGAGUGGGUAAAGAUAUUGAACAGUGAGAUAUGGGAUCUACCAGAUGGUAAUGGUAGCAUUCUUCCUGCUCUGAAAUUGAGCUAUAAUCACCUUCCUUCCCAUUUGAAGAGAUGCUUUGCCUAUUGUUCUAUGUUUCCUAAAGAUUAUGAAUUUGAUGAAGGUGAGUUGGUUUUAUUAUGGAUGGCAGAAGGAUUCUUGCAACAACAACCACAGACAAUGAAGAAAAUGAAAGACCUUGGUCAUCAGUCCUUUCGUGAGCUAUUGUCGAGGGCUUUUUUUCAACGGUCCAGUAGGAAUGAGUCGUUGUUUGUGCUGCAUGACUUGAUGGUUGAUUUAGCCUUGCAUGUUGCUGGGGAUAUAUGCUACACCCUUGAAUCAGAUGGAGAUAUAUCAGAUAUGAGGUUUCAAAGAGUUCGUCAUUUGUUAUUAUUUACUUCUGAAUUUGUAGUGUCAAAAAGAUUUGAAUUCUUGAAGAAAAAGAAGAAUUUACGUACAUUUCUACAACUGGGGAGGGAUUUUGACCUUUGGAAUAAUGGGUGCUUAUCCAACACACUCUUGCAAGAUUUGAUGAAAGAUCUAAAAUGUUUAAGGGUGUUGUAUCUUCAAAAUUAUAACAUAACGAAGCUCUCUGAUCAGAUUGGAGACUUGAAGCAUCUUCGAUUCAUUAAUUUGUCUAAUACAAAGAUUAAAAGACUUCCUAAGUCAGUGGGUUCUCUUCUUUACUUACAGACAUUGUUGUUAAGGAACUGCUCAGAGUUUUUCCAGUUGCCUACCACUAUUGGAUAUCUACUUGAUCUCCAACAUCUUGAUAUAUCUCAAACACCACUUUUAAAAGAGCUCCCAUCAGAAAUCAGCAAUUUGACAAGACUUGAAACAUUGUCAAAAUUUAUUGUUGGUAAUGAUCGAGGACCAAGGGUGAAAGAUUUGAAGAACUUGUCAGGUCUUCAAGGCCAGCUUACCAUUUUGGAUUUACAAAAUGUUGUGGCUGCAAAUGAAGCAAAGGAGGUGAAUUUGUUUGAGAUUGAGGGAUUAGAUGAUUUAUGCUUAGAAUGGUCUUCUGAUUUCCUUAACAACCGAAAUGAAAGAUCUGAAUUGCAAGUUCUCAGCUGGUUAAAGCCUUAUCAUGGUUUGAAAAGAUUGACAAUCAAUUGUUUUGGUGGAUUGGAAUUCCCACCUUGGAUAGCUGAUCCAUCAUUUUCCAACUUGGAGUUCUUGAAGCUCAACAAUUGUCAAAAAAGCACUUCAUUACCAUCACUCCAGCUAUUACUACGACUCAAAGAAUUGAUCAUUAUAGGCAUACAUGCAAUACAAACCAUGAUGCUUGACAAGGACAAUUCUUCUUCAAGUUCGGCUUUUCCAUCAUUGGAGAGUUUGAAAUUGCAAGAUUGCCCUAUACUGAAAGGAAAUUUUCCAAAAUGCAUUCCUGUCCUUAAAAAGCUAGAGAUUGCCAGAUGCCCAGAGUUAAUAUAUUCACCAAUAAGUCUUCCAUCACUUGAAGAGUUGUGUGUUGAAGAAUGUAGUGAGGCCGUCUUGAGGAGUAUGGUUGACCUCAACUCACUCAAAACAUUGAGAAUCAGCAGAAUUUCUAAGUUGAUUUGGUUGCCUAACAGUUUUGUAGAGUCCUUGAUAGCACUCGAGAAUAUGGAGAUUACAAGUUGUGAUGAACUCAGAAUGUUUCCAAGAGGCAAGUUACCCACCACGCUUAAAAUACUCCUAAUUACAGAAUGUGAAAAGCUAGAAUCUUUACCAGAAGGAAUAUUGAUGAAUAAUGGUGAUGCAUGUCAAGUGUCCCAUCUUGAAGAAUUAAGUAUUGACAGCUGUCCAUGUCUGAAAUCUUUUCCAACUGGCCACCUACCCAAUUCUUUUAAACACCUUUAUGUCCGUGAUUGCAAACAAUUGGAAUUUAUCCCUCAGAGAAUGCUGCAGUAUUAUAGGGAACUUGAAGAGAUUCAACUUGGUAAUAAUCCCGAAUAUGAUUGGCCAAAAUAUGAGAGAUGUUAUAUCCACAAAUGUUUAGGGAUAGAUAAGUUAGAUGGUUUGGAGUCGCUCUACCCAUUUAUCCCCAAUCUUAAAAGGUUAACCAUAAAUAGUUUCAAGAAUCUCAAGUCCUUACCUGAUAAGUUGCAGGACCUCAACUCUCUUGAUGAAUUAUGUAUAAGCAAUUGUCCAGGAAUUGAGUCCAUACCAGACAAUGGUUUGCCUCCAAACCUAAAAUGUCUUCGAAUUUCUGAUUGCCCAGGGAUUGAGUCCAUUCCAGACUCUGGUUUUCCUCCAAACCUUAGAGAUCUUCAUAUAUCUGGUUGCAAGAAUCUCAAGUCCUUACCUGAUAAGCUACAGGACCUCAACUCGCUCGAUAAAUUACGUAUAGAGCAUUGUUUAGGAAUUGAGUCCAUAUCAGAUGGUGGUUUGCCUCCGAACCUAACUUCUCUUGUAAUUUUCAAUUGCCCAAGAAUUGAGUCCAUAUCAGAUGGUGGUUUGCCUCUGAACCUAACAUCUCUUGAAAUUAGCAUUUGCCCAAGAAUUGAGUCCAUACCAGACGAUGGUUUGCCUUCGAACCUAAAAUGGCUUAGAAUUUCUCAUUGCCCAGGGAUUGAGUCCAUUCCAUACUGUGGUUCUGCCCCAAACCUUGGAGAACUGAUAAUUGAUUGCAAGAAUAUGAAGAAGCCGAUGCAAGAAUGGGGCCUCAGCAGCAUCACUUCGCCUCUAACUUUUGUGAUUUAUAGGAUAUGUCCUCCAGAUAAUGUGCUUCCCACUUCUCUAACCAAUCUUACAGUGGGUAAUGUUGAAAAUAUGAAAUCCAUAUCUAGAGGGCUCCUCCAAAACCUCAACUUUCUUCAAUGUUUAAAAAUUCAUGAUUGGCCAAAGCUGCAAACGCUGCCAAAGAAAGCCCUGCCUGCCUCCCUUCAACAGUUAAGAAUUUCGAACUGCAACAACUUCCAGUCCUUGCCAAAUAAAGUCUUGCCUCCCUCGCUUCAACGUUUAUCCAUUGAGUUUUGUGCCAACUUCCAGUCCUUGCCGAAGGAAGGCCUGCCUCCCUCGCUUGAACAACUCCAAAUUAGAAGCUGCCCGCUGCUGCGACGACGAUGCAUGAAGGAGAAAGGACAUGAUUGGCCCCUCAUUGCUCACAUCCCCGACGUUGAUGUUUGGCCUAAAGCAUAUUUCUGAAGACUCAUUGACUGCUCAACAUAUAAAUAGCUGCUGAAAUGGUGGGAAUGGCAAUAGCCAUUGAAAUGGCUUCUUCACUGUGCCUGGCCUACCGCUACUACCCUUGUGUAGUCCUUAAAGCUACAAAACAAGCUCCUUCACUGAUAACAUUUCACAUUUUUACUCCUCUUCAUCAUCAUAGCCAAGUAGCCAACAAUGAUAUAUGCUUCUACUUGUGCUUUUGCCACCAUUGAUGCUAAUAAGAAGUUUAGGAGCACUGAUCUGGUGGCUCUUGAGUAUGCUGAUCUUAACCUAAAAAAUUUUCUGGGUAUGUUCUUAUAAUCAUCUAGUUCCUUCCUUCUUAUUACAGUGACAGUUUCUUAUCCCAUGCAAUUUGGCAUGGUAUUUGUUCUGUUUAUACCUUCAUAUGAAUGAAAGGAAGGCAGAUGAAUUUUUUCUCUCUUUUUUUCCAUACUGAAGUUAUGGUUUUUGUUUUAAUAUAACACAAGGAAUUAGGUCAUGUAAGAAUCAGGCCACAUCUUCAAUCUUUUGCUCUAAGUUUUAAUUCCUCAUAUGAUCAUUUCUUUGAUUGAAUAUAAAUGUUUUAAUUGGUUUUGCUGUUGUUGUUGUCACAAUUAGAAUAAGAUAUGAUAUUGUCAUUUUGUGCGUAGAUGCUAGCACCAGUACCAAAUUAGAAUCAAGUAUUAAAGGGACA